GUGGGCGGUGCCUAGACGUCACUGCGCGGAGGCGACCAAUCAGCGGCUGCCAGCUCAGGAGACAGCGGGAUGAGACAAGAUGGCGGCCAGAGGCGGCAGGAACGGGCUCCUGGAGAAAUCCCCUCAGUGGAAAAUCGACGACAAACCAGUAAAAGUUGACAAGUGGGAUGGAUCCGCUGUAAAGAACUCAUUGGAUGAUGCCGCGAAAAAGGUUCUCCUAGAGAAGUACAAGUACGUGGAGAACUUCUGCCUGAUUGACGGCCGCCUCAUAAUUUGCACCAUCUCCUGCGUCUUCGCCAUCGUGGCCUUGGUGUGGGAUUAUUUGCAUCCUUUCCCAGAAUCCAAACCCGUUCUUGCCUUCUGCGUCAUAUCCUAUUUCCUGAUGAUGGGCGUCCUGACCGUUUAUACGUCAUACAAAGAGAAGAGCAUUUUCCUGGUGGCCCACAGGAAGGACCCGGCAGGGAUGGACCCUGAUGAUAUUUGGCAUCUCUCCUCUAGUCUGAAAAGGUUUGAUGACAAGUACACACUGAAAGUCACUUUCAUCAGCGGGAGAAAUAAAAUCCAGCGAGAUGCCGAGUUCACCAAAUCGAUAGCCAAAUUCUACGAUGAAAGCGGCACGUUGGUCAUGGACAUCUUUGAACCUGAAGUCUCCAAACUCCACGAUAGUUUGUCAAUGGAAAAGAAAACAAAAUAGGACGAGACGCCCGGGCCUUUCUGUCGCAUUACGCUUAAAGGAUGGAGCAGAAGUGACAAGAUAAAGGAAUGUUACCCCUUUCCUGCCUCAGGGCUCUCUUACUCCACGCGUUUCGCACACACAAGUUGCUGUAUACAGAGCUGUAGGGCUGACAACACGGUUCUGUUCUAAAAUUCUCCCAUGGCUGUCAAUGUCACUUUGUAAUUCCCAUAUAUAUAUAUUACAGCUUAUAUAAUGUUUGUUCAGAGAGUACCAACCCCUAGGAUUCCUUAAUGUUUCUCAGCUCAGGAGACAGCACGUAACCUUAUCCUACCCCAAGCACUGCCCUUCAUAAAUUGGAGUAAAAGCAUAUUACCUUUAAUCUUCUAGUGUCCAACACUUUUCAUAGAAUAUCUGACAAGAGAAUAGGACUGAGCCCCACCGUUCACUUGCAGAACUACAAUUCCCAUAAUGCUCUACCAGCUUCUGCGAGGGUAGUGUGUAGUCUAUUUCCAUCCAUUUAUCCUGAAUAUGUCUGUUCUAUCUGUAGGAUUUGUGGCUCUGUCAUAAGAUGAGAUGUGUACGCAGCAAUACAAUGUUACAAAGCCUGUUACAAAGGAACUGAGUACCAACCAGAGAGGAUCCAGAGAUAGAUAGUUUCUAUAGACUGGAAUACAUAUCUAUAUCUAUCUAUCUCUUUGUGCCUCAUGCCUCACUCAUAUCACUAAUUCCAUGUGAACCGAUGAGCUGUCUAUAUAUUUCUUCCCUGCAAAAUAUCCGCCUCCUUAUUUAGAGUAGGCGACAGCUACACUUUAGUCUCGGCUAACGUCUCGCGAGCACUUCAGGGGCCAGCUGUGAGGCAACUAGUUUAGUUAUGGUUGGAAUUGAAGUUAAAGUGUAAAAUAAAUAGCCUUGUGUGUUCCGCUUUGCUGCAUCCGAGACCACUGCUAGUGCGAAACGCGUGUGUCUGGUCACAGGGAACGGCUGGGCUCGUGUAUGGAAUUGAUCCUUGCCGAGUGACCUGAGGCCAUUGUAGGCACCUGGAUGCCUAGCAAAUAGAUGCAAGGUAUUUAUUUUAUUUUUGUAUUUUUAACUUCUUGAGCUUCACCCAGAAUUUUUUUGCAGCGUUAUCGUUCAGAUCCCAAUUCGUCCAUGCCACCAUAUAUAUAUAUAUAUAUAUAUAUAUAUAUAUAUAUAUAUAUAUAUACGCGAGACGCCGAGUUUUCCCGCUGGUGGUUGUGUAGAGGACGCGUGCAGUCACCUGCUCUUACUGGUACAUAUUUCAUGUGAAGUUUUCAGAGACAUUUACAUGACGCAUUUCGGGGCGAAACCUUUGUCGCAGAGAAUUCUGUCCAUUAUCUGUCUUUUAUUUAUUUGAUGGGACUAAAAGUUUUGUAUACUGUCAAAGGGGAAUUGUGAAGCCGUGAGGGCCGCCAGUCUGCUGUACGUGUAAAGCUUAGCUGUGUCUCAAGGCCGACAACUAUUAAUAAAGAAAAGAGCAGUUUUAGAUUCUGUUUCUGUUGUCUGAGGUCACGUUCCACUUCUGGACUUCUGUUUAGCGUUUUGUUUCUGAACUGCCGUUUUCUAAGUCUGUUUUUCCAAUAAAAGGAGAGAAGCGAUGCAAA